ACUGAUAAUAUCUGUAUUUAUUACUCUUAAGCGCGCUCUCUCUCUCUCUCUUCUUUCAAAUUUUUGAACUAACGUCUCUUAUAAAAACACCGAAAUCAUAUCUGUAACAGAGGCAUGUCAUUCCACGUGUCCCACCCUUACCCCCACCCCCUUCUUAUAUAAGGGCACCUGCACAAUUCAUUCUCAUUUCACCCUCUCUCUCUCUCUCUCUCUCUCUCUCUCCUCUCUAAGCACAAUCGCAAUCAGCGCAAACGCACGCAUAGGAAAAUGGCAGCGAUGAGAUCGAGAAUGGCGGUUAUCUGCACGGUCUGCGCCCUCCUAGCGGCGGUAUGCUCGGCGGCGCGUUCUGCUCCGGCGCCGGCGGUGGACUGCUCGAGCCUGGUGCUGAACAUGGCGGACUGCCUGACGUUCGUGACGGCGGGGAGCACGACGAAGAAGCCGGAGGGGACGUGCUGCUCGGGGCUUAAAACGGUGCUGAAAACCGACGCCGAAUGCCUGUGCGAGGCCUUCCGGAACAGUGCGCAGUUGGGGGUCACGCUCAACAUCACCAAGGCCAUGUCUCUCCCCGCCGCCUGCCACGUCUCCGCCCCCUCCGUCAGUAACUGCGGCCUGAGCAUUGGCACCGGUGCUGCCCCAGCUCUGUCUCCAUUGGGCGUAUCUCCGAGCUCAGUUGCGGCACCUCCUAGUGGCAGCUCGGGUGCCAAUGAAGUCUCUCCUGCCCCAACACCCGCCGCCACCCAGUCGGCCGCCUCUCCGCUGGCGGCUUCCGUCUCCCUGCUCCUCUUAGCCGCCGCAUCCUUGACUCUCUUCUAAGUUGAAGCCCAUGAUUGGGUGUAGUUUUUUGUGUUGCUGAGAACGCCGACCGCUGUGAUGCUUGUGGAUUCAUCUCCGGGAGUUAGUUCUUUAGAUAUGGGUACAUAGGUUUAUUUAUUUCAGCUCCAGCUAUUUCUUGUUAGUGUUUAUGAUAUUUGAGAAUGAAUUCUUGCGAUUCCAUUUUACAUUCAACUAUGAUGAUUUUGAUCC